AUGGCUUCAGCGAUAGAUGAUUAUCCAUCACUUAAGGCCAAAUGGGUAGUUAUGCAGCAUGCAGGCAAAAAGCCGGGUUCCAUGUUCGAUGACCUCGCCUUCGUUCCGGAUCAUGACCUCCUUGACACCGUAUGGCUCGAUAACCCUCAACAAGAAUCUACCGGUAAAAAAGGCGAGAAGCCGUGGCAGGUUGACCCCAAGGCUGCAUCAGGUCCGUCCGAGGAGCUUCCAUCGACGGCUGUUCGCGAUGCUGAGCUGGACGUCGUCGUCAACAACCAACUUGCGGCACAGGAUCCGCCUGCCGCUCCGCCGCCAGCGGCGUUUCGCGACGACAUGGUGUCGUGGCUGCUGGACGAGGCGAUCGACGGCACCUUCACGGCGGACGCGUGGCACGACUUCGCCGCCGCUGCUCUCGGCGAGGCGGGCAAGGAGAUUCACAAGGACGCUGCGGCUGGUCCGACCGACCCUGCUGCCAAGCCUCCCCCUCUUCACGCUCCUGCUCCCGCAACCACAGAGGCAGAUGCUUUUCAAAAGUCCGCCGCGUUCGGCGGCGUGAAACCGGGCUUUAAGAGCUUAAGGCCUGAACAAGCGAUGGUGUCGCAGAGACCGGUCGGGCAGGGCCAGGCGACGGGGCGCGACGGGGUGGCGAAGAAGACGGCGCUGAGCAACAUGGGCGUUGCCGCGCUUCUCGCGCAGAAACGAGCCAUCAGCCUCAAGCCGGCCGCCGUGUUUCCCGGUAGCAUGGCGGAAAUGCGGAUGAACAGCGGCGGGGCGGAGAAAGGCGCGGGCGACCCUUCAGCGUCUCCCCCGCAAGCUACCGCGCAGCAACAAGCGCAACUGGCGGCUGCGGGCAGCCCCACGACAGGCGCUGCGAGCCAGUCCGGUGCUCCCGCGGGGCCUUCCGCACGUGCGCUGUCGCGGUCUCCGCCGGCCGGUGGCGCGUCGACCUCCGCGGCGCACUCUGUUGCGGCGGGCGCGCUUGUCUCCGCUGCGCCCAAGCCACUUCCGUACGCGCCGAUCGCGAAGCAGCAGCAGCAGCAGGGCGCGGAGAGAAUGCGCGGCGAGGCAUCGGCGGACGCGUUUCACGCGUCGACGGUAACGAGCAACGUGGACGGCCCCGGCGCGUGGGGCAAGCACGAGCGCGACGGCACGGGCAGCUGCGCCGUGGGGGGCGAUGACGACGACACGGUGGGCGCGCACAGGGAGCUGAUGGCGCGCAAGAACACGUGCGGAACGAAGGAUUCGGGCAUUCAUCCGGGGUCGGGCGGAGGGGGCGGGGGCAGCUGGGGGAAGCGGUCGCGCGAGGAAAGCGAGAACAUGGCGUUCGACGAGGCGGACGCGGCGGAGGAAUCCGGGGACACGCGCAAGACGAACACGACGGCGAAGCGCAUGGCCGUGUCGGGCAACGAGAGCAGCGCCGCCAAGCGCGCGCGCGCCGCGGAAGUGCACAACAUGUCGGAGCGGAGGCGGCGGGAUCGCAUCAACGAGCGGAUGAAGACGCUGCAGGAGCUCAUUCCCAACUCCAACAAGACAGACAAGGCGUCGAUGCUGGACGAGGCCAUAGAGUACCUCAAGAUGCUGCAGCUGCAGCUACAG